CCCUGUGAUCUCAGCCUCGUGCCGAGAGAGCUGCAGAGGUCCGGGACCCCUUCGUGCUGCUCUUCUCCUCCGGUCUGAGACAACUCCCAGGCAGGGGCGCUUUCGCCUUGGCACAAUUUGUGAGCGGGCAAGCGCGACCCAGCUCCCCGCUGCUAUCUGAGAAGCACUCUCCAUUCUUUGCGCCCCGAUUAAUAGGAUGCCGCCUCAUCCCCUGGGUGCGCCCCCUAUGCAAGUGACCCUGGAGACCGAGCAGCCCUUCCCCGGAGCCUCAGACAACGGAAUACCGAGCUGCGCGUCCGCCCCACCCAGCCCCACACUCUUGUCCCGGGACCGUGCGGAGCCAGAGGCAGGUGGCUGCCGAGGGCCUGCGAGGAAGCUGCGCGCGCGGCGCGGAGGGCGCAGCCGGCCCAAGAGCGAGUUGGCGCUGAGCAAGCAGAGACGCAAUCGGCGCAAGAAGGCCAACGACCGCGAGCGCAAUCGGAUGCACAACCUCAACUCCGCGCUGGACGCGCUGCGCGGUGUCCUGCCCACCUUCCCAGACGAUGCGAAGCUCACCAAGAUCGAGACGCUGCGCUUCGCACACAACUACAUCUGGGCACUGACUCAGACGCUGCGCAUAGCGGACCACAGCUUCUACGGGUCAGAGCUGCCCGUGGCAUCCUGCGGGGAGCUGGGCAGCGCGGACGGCGGCUCCCCGGGUGACUGGGGCUCCCUCUACUCUCCGGUUUCCCACGCUGGCAGCCUGAGCCCCGCCGCCUCGCUAGAAGAGCCCCACGGGCUUAGGGCGCCUACUUCCCCCGCCUGCCUGCAUCCCGGCGCCCUGGCCUUCUCAGACUUCCUGUAAGGGGUCCAUCUGUCUCUGGGUUGUGGGUACGAAAGGGGGGAGGGAGCCAGAGCUGUCGGGGGUGGGCGCCUCUUCCUGCCUCUCACUGGCUGAUCUCUGCAGGUCUUUCCCUCUGCAGCCUUCGGCGCUGCCCGAGGGGAGAGGGUAGUGCAGCUUGCGCAUACUUUCUGUCUGCAGUCUUUGGCCACUCCUAAAUCUCUUUCAAGGAAGACGACUAUGGCAGCAAUGCACAACGGAGUCGGCCUCGGCCUUCUGUCUCCCAGCCCUCACUUAUGUCUGUCAGUCUGCCUGUCCCUUACCACCCCUCCCCUGUGUGAGUGAACCCGGUGUUUGGUUUCUCCGCGCUUGCUCCCUUGUCCUACUCCAGAGACGCCACUGACCUCCUCUCUACCCUCUGUGAAGUCUGGGUUUCGGGCUGUUGCAUUCUGCCUUAAUCCACGAAGGCGAACCUCUGCCUUCUCCUCCUGCACUUUUCGGAGCCAUUGCCCUCCCCGAAACCGAAGAGCAGGCUGCGUUUUGGGAAAUCGCUAGCCGACCUCCCUCCGCUUCCCUGCGCCCUGCGGUGGCAGGUGCCUGGAGCUCCGCUCGCCUCUUUACCAAGAAUCAACUUGUAAACUAUAUAUCUUUUGAAAUGAAUUUUGUUACGGUAAAUUAUAUGCCCCCUCCCCAGCUUUUACAUUUGUAUUUAUUGAUGAGAUUUCAUGGUGGGAAAAUUCUAUAUUUUGUACAUAAAUUAUUGGGCACUGGUGAAUGAGAUUCUGAACCAAUAAACGAUGGACCCUUAAGAAUCCUCAUUAAGAUGACAAUGGUGCUGCAGAAGGUUGCAACUGCUACAGUUGCGGGGGGGGGGCACGUCUGCUGAAGGAAGGAGAUGAGGCUGAAGGGGGUCUUGUCC